AUGAAAGGACAUGGGGCAGAAGAUUUGUUUAACAAUUUAUACAGCUUUCUGGAAGAAGCAAAGUUUGAUAUAAAAUAUUGCCGAGGUCAGUCCUACGAUAAUGCUAGCAAUAUAGCAGGAAAAUAUUCAGGGUUACAGGCACGCAUUCGAGAGAAGAACCCAUUGGCUGAAUAUGUGCCAUGUUUUGCACACUCCCUUAAUUUAGUCGGUGCAUCAGCUGUAAACUGCGUGACAACAGUGAGUGGAUUUUUUGAUUUUGUACAAAACUUGUAUGUCUUUUUAAUUGCAUCAACCCAACGGUGGGAGCUUCUAACCAAAGGAUUGGAUAGUAACCAGUUAGUUCUCAAACGCCUUUCUGAUACUCGAUGGUCAGCACAUUCUGCAGCAACUAAAGCAUUGAGCAAAGGCUUUAAAAAUGUUAAGACAGUGUUAGAGAACAUUGCUGAGGACCCCGAGGAGAAGGUUGAAGCUCGCACUACAGCUGCAGGAAUUGCAAAGAAGAUGGAUCAGUUAGAAUAUGGAAUUUUAUUAGAACUCUGGACACCCAUAUUAGAUCGCUUUCAUAAGACCAGUUUAAAACUGCAAAGUCCACAACUUGAUCUAAAUGAGGCUGUUCAACUGUUAACUUCACUAAAAGAAUAUGUAAAUUCACUUCGAGCACAGUUUGAUUUCUUUGAGAAGAAAGUAAAGGAAAUAACAGGGUCAACUUCUUAUAAAGAAGAGAAUCAGAGGAAACGAAAGCGAAGUGUUCAAUUAACCCGUCAUGAUGGAUCAGCUGAUGAAACAGUGUUUUCGGCACAACAGAAAUUUCGAGUCAUGGUUUUCUUGCCAGUACUUGAUCACUUGAGGUCAGCAUUAUGUAAACGAUCAGAGGCAUACAGUGGUGUAUGUGAUAAGUUUGGUUUUCUGAGAAACAUUCGAUCACUGGAACAGUCUGAUUUGCGAAGAGCCAGUAGAAACUUGAUAGAUACUUAUGUAGAUGAUUUGGAAGAGUUAUUUGAAGAUGAAAUACUUCACUUCAAAGAAUAUUUGUUAGCUGAUACGUACUUGCAUCAGAAUGAGAAAGAACUGAAAUGUAGCAUAGAGCUGUAUAUGUAUCGGGCUUUGAGAAACAGCAGUGCACUACAAGAUAUAUUUCCAAAUGUUGCCACAGCACUUCACAUAUACCUCAGUUUGAUGAUCACCAACUGCAGUGAUGAAAGAUCAUUCUCCUGCAUUGAAACUGAUAAAAAACUAUCUGCAAAGUGCUUUGGGUGA